AGGCACACUUACCACAGUAUUCCAUUUUCAAUUUAUGUCCUAAUGCACAGCCCUCAUUCUUCCCUCUUUUUCCAUUGAUUCCUCUCUCACCCCAUCUUCAAACUUAUUUAGCUACAAUCCCAUCCCCUAUAAAUCACUCUCCUCUUCAUCAAGCAAGGGCACCGCCUCUCGCCAGCAGCACCAGGAUUCCGCCAGCUCUCAUCGCAACCCCGGCAAGCCACCGUCGGCGUCCGAUCACCGCCCUGCGCCAUCGAUUCUUCCAGCUCUCCGCUACAUCUCAACUUCAACUUGCAAAGAUCCCCAUCUAUUGCAACCGAGAGAGGUUUAAAAACAUCAGUGGCUCUUGCAAAAUGGAGUAUUGUAACUGCUUUGAGUCACUAUGGCCAGCUGAUGAAUUGUUGAUGAAGUAUCAGUAUAUAUCAGAUUUCUUUAUAGCAUUGGCGUAUUUCUCAAUCCCUUUGGAGUUAAUAUAUUUUGUAAAGAAAUCUGCUGUGUUUCCUUAUAGAUGGGUUCUCGUGCAGUUUGGUGCUUUUAUUGUUCUCUGUGGAGCAACACACCUGAUAAAUUUGUGGACAUUUAAUAUGCAUACUAGGACUGUGGCAGUUGUAAUGACUACAGCCAAAGUUUUGACAGCUGCUGUGUCUUGUGCAACAGCACUUAUGCUAGUACAUAUCAUCCCUGAUCUAUUAAGUGUAAAAACAAGGGAGCUAUUUUUAAAAAAUAAGGCUGCAGAACUAGACAGAGAAAUGGGCCUGAUCCGUACACAGGAAGAAACUGGUAGGCAUGUUAGGAUGCUAACUCAUGAAAUCAGAAGCACCCUUGAUAGGCAUACCAUACUGAAGACUACUCUUGUGGAGCUUGGAAGAACGCUGGCUUUGGAAGAGUGUGCAUUAUGGAUGCCGUCACAGACAGGGCUAGAGCUCAAUCUCUCCUAUACUCUCCACCACAUAAUGCCGGUUGGUUUGUCCGUGCCAAUACAACUACCUGUAAUCAAUCAAGUAUUCAAUACUAGUCAUGCUGUAAAAAUCUCACCGAGCUCCCCUGUUGCUUGGCUUCGAUCUUCUGGAAAUGACAUGCCAGGAGAGGUGGUUGCUGUGCGCGUUCCACUCUUGCAUCUGUCCAAUUUUCAGAUCCAUGAUUGGCCUGAAUUGUCAACUAAAAGAUAUGCUUUGUUGGUUUUAACGCUCCCUUCGGACAGUGCUAGACAGUGGCAUGUACAUGAGUUGGAGCUUGUUGAGGUGGUUGCAGAUCAGGUUGCUGUUGCUCUCUCCCAUGCUGCAAUUCUAGAAGAAUCAAUGAAAGCAAGGGAUCUUCUUUUAAAACAGAAUCUUGCCCUUGAUCUGGCAAGAAGAGAUGCAGAGACAGCUGUGCAUGCUCGUAACGAUUUCUUGGCCGUCAUGAAUCAUGAAAUGAGAACUCCUAUUCAUGCAAUAAUUGCUUUGUCUUCCUUAUUACAAGAAACUGAGCUGUCGCCUGAGCAACGUCUAAUGGUUGAGACAAUCUUGAAAAGUAGUAACCUGUUGGCUACCCUUAUUAAUGAUGUAUUGGAUCUUUCGAGGCUUGAAGAUGGUAGCCUUCAACUUGAGAUAGGAACUUUCAACCUUCAUUCACUUUUUAGGGAGGUACUUAAUUUGAUUAAACCUAUCGCAGCCGUGAAGAAGUUAUAUGUUACCUUGAUUUUGUCCCCUGAUUUGAUUGAACAUGCUGUUGGCGAUGAAAAAAGACUAAUGCAAGUUCUACUGAAUGUUAUUGGGAAUGCUAUUAAGUUUACGAAAGAGGGAGGUGUCACGGUAUCAGCUUUUGUCGCAAAGUCCGACUCUCUGAGAGAUCCCCGAGCCCCUGACUUUUUUCCUGCACAUAGUGAUAACCAUUUCUAUUUGUGCGUAGAGGUAAAAGAUACUGGUUCAGGAAUUAACCCACAAGAGAUUCCUAAGCUAUUCAUGAAAUUUGUGCAGAGCCAACCACUUGCUAUCAAAAAUUCUGGUGGUAGUGGCCUUGGCCUAGCAAUUUGUAAGAGGUUUGUGAAUCUCAUGGAGGGGCACAUUUGGAUUGAGAGUGACGGUCCUGGCAGGGGUUCUACUGUGAUCUUCAUUGUUAAACUUGGAAUUCCCGCUCGCUUAAAUGAAUCCAAGCUUCCAUUUUUGCACAAAGCCCCUGGAAAUCAAAUAGAGUUGAACUUUUCUGGGCUUAAAGUUGUUGUGAUGGAUGAUAACAGUGUCGGUCGAAUGGUAACUAAGGGCCUCCUUGUGCACCUAGGAUGUGACGUAUUGGCUGUUGCAUCCGGAGAGGAGUGUGUUCGAGCUGUAAGUUAUGAGCACAAGGUUGUUUUCCUGGACGUGAGCAUGGCAGCUGCUGAUAGUUUUGAAGCUGCUGUACGGAUGCGGGAGAAGCUUUCAAAACGCUCAGAUAGACCUUUUAUUGUUGCACUUACCGGAAACAGUGAUAGAACGAUAAAAGAGAACUGUCGGAAGGUUGGUAUGGAUGGGGUCAUACUGAAGCCCGUAUCAGUAGAUAAAAUGAGAAGAGUCCUUUCUGAUCUCUUAGAACAUGGAUAUUUUUUCGAAUCUCAGUAGCGCCGGAAGUGUAAGUGCUCAACUAUCUUGUCAAAGGAUGGUUGCAGUGUGCACUUUCAGAAUGAUGAUCACAACGGAGUUGUGAAGAUGACUCGUUCUGAGGUAAUCUUUAGUUGCCGGCAUACUGAUUAUGAGUUAUGACCCAAAUUUAUUUUUGUUAUAACUGUAAAGUUAUGUGCAUUUUCUGCGGUAAAUAGGCAAUCCAUAUCUAAUAAUUUUAUCAGUACAA